AUGCGCGCUGCCCUGCUCGCCGCCGGAGAGGAGGGAGGCGCUGGCGGAGAAGGCAAGGAGAGGCGCUGGCAUGCGGAGAAAGAGGGCUCGCCGCCGGAGAGGAGGGAGGCGCUGGCAGAGGAGGCAAGGAGAGGCGCUGGCGUGCGGAGAAAGAGGGCGGCGGCCGCGGCCGCGGUGAGGCGAGCUCGAGCCGGAGCAGGGGGCCGCCGCGGCGGCAAGCCCGUGCGCCACCCACAUCCACCCGCCCGCUCGGCCCACGCUGUGCGCCGCGCCCGCCCGCGCAGAUGCCGGUUCGUAUGCCUCCGGCCGCCGCGAUCGCUCCUCGGCCUGGCACGCACAGCCGAAGGCUCGUCGCCAUGGCGGGGCCCUGCUCGCCUCAUCCCCGUCGCAGCCGAAGGCGCUGCUGCGGCCAUGGCGGGGCUCUGCCCGCGACGAUGCUCGCCGGCCGCCCCUGCUUCGCGCCUCGCCUCUAAGCGAGUUAGGAUGGAUGGGGCGGCCGAGGAGGGGCCUGGCCGGAGGAGCUGGCGUGGCAGAUCCGGCCGGCGGGGAUGCGCACCGCCAUGGCCGCCGCUGCAAGGAGGCAAGAGGAGGGCGCCGCCGGCCACCACGGGAGGAGGUGCGCAGGCCGCCGUGGUCUCUGGCGCGCACCGGCCGCUGUGCGUCAGCCGUCGCCCGUGCGAGAGGGAAGGGAGAGGGAAGGGAAGGGAGCGGCACGACGAUGAGGGGCGGCGCCGGCUGGAGGAGCUCGCCGAGGGACACCUGCACGGCUGUGGAUGCGGGGGCCGGAGUGGUCGCCGGUGGUGA